GGCUCCCUCACACAUACCCUUCCUCACCUUCCCUAUCACUCACAUCCUCUCUCUCUUACCCUGUAGCUCUCCCUUUGCGUAUGUGUGUUUGUAUCUGAGCGCGUCUGCAUGUGAGUCAGCUGCAUCCUCAGCACCUGGGACAUUACCUCCAGUCUCCACAGGGGAAGCUGCAUCGCUGACACUGGGCUCCUCGUGAAAAGACCCUGGUUGUCAGCUCUCCAGGUUUGUUGAUCAGGACUCCAAGCCAGAAUCUCUGCGGGUGAGUAAGAGAGGAGAGGGAGGUCAACAUGGGCUCCAGCUCCUCCUCCUAUGCCCCCAAAACCAUUUACCUGGAUGUGGACGGGAAAGUGCAAAAGGUGGUGUUCAGUCGGCACUGCAGCCCAUGUGACAUCAAGGAGCUUCUGUGUUCCUCAUCUAACAUUCCCAGGAACACUGCCAUCAUGAUGGUGGACCCAGAAGGUGCCUUGGUCUCCAUAGAUCCCACCAUGCCCACCAACUCUCCAAACUCUUUGUACAAAGUCGUCCCUCUGUCUACUGGUCAACUUGGAGAGAAGGAGGACAUGUUUCAGAACGUGUUGUCCCAGGUGGCUGAGCAGUUCAGCAGAGCCUUUCGCAUCAACGAGUUGAAGACUGAGGUCACCAACAGGCUAGCAAUGCUGGAGAAGAGAGUGGAAUUGGAGGGCUUGAAGGUGGUGGAGAUUGAGAAGUGUAAAAACGACCUGAAGAAGCUACGGGAUGAGAUGACUUCAAGAGGUGGCGGCAGAGUAAACUGUCCAUGCAAAUACAACUUCUCAGACGAUGGGAAGAAGGUUACUCCUAGACGAGAUGUCCCCAAUUAUCCAAAGUACACACUGUCUCAGGAGACUGUUGAGGCACUCAAGAAGCCAACAUUCGAUGUCUGGCACUGGGAACACAAUGAGAUGCUAAGUUGUUUGGAGUAUAUGUACCAUGACUUGGGACUUGUAAAGGAAUUCAACAUGAACCCCAUCACACUCAAACGCUGGCUGCUGGCGAUUCAGGAGAACUACCGUAACAACCCCUUCCACAACUUUCGUCACUGCUUCUGCGUUAGUCAGAUGAUGUAUGGCAUGAUUCACCUCUGCAACCUACAGGAGAAGCUGACUCUCACAGAUAUGGGCAUUCUAAUGACAGCUGCAGUGUGUCACGACCUGGACCACCCUGGCUACAACAACACGUACCAAAUCAAUGCCCGCACAGAGCUGGCAGUGCGCUACAACGAUAUAUCUCCGCUGGAGAACCAUCACUGUGCUGUGGCCUUCCAGAUCCUUUCUCUUCCUGAGUGCAAUAUCUUUGCAAAUGUGGACCCUGAGGCAUUCAAACAGAUCCGACAGGCAAUUAUCACCCUCAUUCUGGCCACUGACAUGGCCAGACACGGGGAGAUACUGGACUCCUUUAAGCAAAAAGUGGACAACUUUGACUUCACCAACGAAGAGCAUGUGACAUGUCUGAAGAUGGUUUUGAUCAAGUGCUGUGAUAUUUCCAACGAAGUGAGGCCAACUGAGGUAGCUGAGCCAUGGGUGGACUGCCUAUUGGAGGAGUACUUCAUGCAGAGCGACAGGGAGAAGUCUGAGGGGCUCCCUGUGGCUCCCUUCAUGGACAGAGAUAAAGUCACCAAACCCACUGCUCAGAUUGGAUUCAUCAAGUUUGUCCUCAUCCCAAUGUUUGAGACUGUCAUGAAGCAGCUUUUCCCUCAGAUUGAGGAGAUCAUGGUUCAACCUUUGAGAGACUCUCGUGACCACUAUGAGGAGCUGAAACAGAUUGAUGAUGCCAUGACAGAGGCACAGAAGAAAAAAACUGAAAAUAUGUCAUUAGGCGGGAAGAAGAAGUAAGCUCUGCAGUGAGUGAGUGCAGUGGUAUCUGUGGGUCUUCUUUUGUGAUCAAAUUAAGGAAAGACUUUCAAAAACGUGACUGAGGCCUCGCUGAAGAUGUUCUGCGCUGCGUUCUGGGGGUGACAGAUGGAUCAGGAGGGAGAGAAAAGAGACUGCUUGGCUACAUACUGACCUAAACUUAGUCGUCAAGGUGGCAUAUCUUGAACUUUGACUUAGACUUUUGCACUGGCUGUAACAGAGAGGGACCUCAUGACCUCUCUAUAUAUUUAUGGUGUUUAUGUUGUUCUCCCUACUUUUUGUUAUUUCAUAGUACCUCAAGAGUUUGAAGGCCCAGUUUCUCCAAUAACAUGACUUAAAACCUUAUUUUUUUUUAAAUAUACAAUGGCUGCAGAAUAGGCUGCAUGGACCACAGGUUCAGGAAAAUACAUUUUUACAUAAACAGUAAACGAUCAUUUCUUUUUUUCCCAAUUUUUCCAGUAGAAAAAUAAAAUGCACCAAAUUGGGAUGUUUUACCUCACUGUAGCAAUAUAUUUUGAUUGAUAUGGAGUGUUUUCAAAUGGAUAGUGCACACAAUGAGUACUUGAAUAAACCAUCACAAGUCUAGGUCUAUUCUCUUCAACACUUUUUUAAUACAACAAAGCCACAUAGGGGCAUCUGUUGUCCAGGGUGUUACACAUUGUGUCCUGUAAAAAAGUUUUAAUAUCUCACAAUGUAAAACUAUUCAACUAUUCAUCUGUCACACCCUGUGAGUCUUUAUAUAUAAAGGUUAGAACACACAUUACAGGGUGUCCCCUUCCUUAAAUAGGCAACUGUGUUUCCACAGUAACUCAUCUCCAGUUACUUUACGUAAUAGAACGGAUUUAAGUACAACAAAUGUUGACCAAGGUUUAUUAGAGAAAAGUUAAAAAUACACUUGGAUAAUUUAAAUGAGCCUGAUAAGAAUCAUACACUGAUCACACAGAAUAAAGCAAGUUCUCUUUGAGUUGGAGAAGAGGUAAAGUAAAAACCAACCUACUGACUGUGAACCUUCAAAAAUAAUGAAAAUAUCUGUUAAAAUACAGUAACUAUAAUACAACUAAUCGACAUAAAUUAACCCAUUGUCAUGGAGAUGGAUCUUCUGCCAUGCAAGCUCAGUAGCUUUCAGGACUUUUCAUCCAUUUUGAAAUGCUCAUAGCAGCCACUGAGCUUGUUUGUCAACAGAUCCAUCUCCAGUACAACUAAGCGAAUUACAGUUGCUGAUGAAGAUCAUGUGAAAUAAAGAUCCGUAAAAAGCUAGUAAAUCAGUCUGGAGUUGGGAUUGUUUUGUCAUAUCACUGUUGAUUGAGACCAUAACACAGCAAGUGCCUAUUUAGAUCGCUGUGAUAACAUUUCACCACUCUUCUUUUUUACUUAACGCAAAACAAUACAUGAUUUUAAACAAGUUAACGCUUCAUGUCAAUGGAAGAUGUGUUUGUACCUCUUUAUACCUGAUAAUUAUUUCAGUUGUUUCCCAUAACAGUCAAACUUUUUCUCCAUUUUGACAGUACAGACUGAUGUUUUAUUUGACCCCAUGUGAAAGGCUGCAUGAUCCUUACAUCAUGAAUUGUUGUGCAGACAUUCCAGUUAUGCAUGGUUCUUUACCCCACCGUCCUGAUUGAGAUAUGUUUUAUUGCCACAUUUUAGGCUUGAGGGCUAGAAUACAGUCAAGAUGUGUUGAAAUAUGAUUAGUUAUCCAGUUGUGUACCACCCAAAGGUGCCACUUAUCUCACCCCGCACCACGCCCCUUUCUCACUCCCCAGCUUCCCUUUGAGUCAUAUCAGAUCUGAGUGGUUUUCCUCCAGCUACUCCACAGUGUUUUUAUUACUGUGUUUUUUGGCAAUAUGUUGCCAAUUACUCCAGAGCGAUUUAUUGCCUCACCUGUUGGCUUCAUCUCACACACACUGAAUUACCACCUACAUAGCUCUGAUGAAAUCAUAUUCAUAAUACAGAGUAACGCACAGUAUGAAACACCAAAGGCUCUAUUUGAACUGUAUAUUUUUGUUUAGGUUUGUUUGUGCAUUUCAAAAUCAUGUGGGACAAUUAAUAAACUUCAAUUUCACUCCUCAA